AUGAUUGUGGGAACACUCAAGGGUUUUGAUCAAACAAUAAACCUAAUUUUGGACGAGAGCCAUGAGCGAGUAUUCAGCUCUUCACAAGGAGUGGAACAAGUAGUAUUGGGACUAUACAUUGUACGAGGAGACAAUGUAGCGGUCAUUGGAGAAAUAGACGAGGAGACAGACUCUGCACUGGAUUUGGGGAACAUUAGAGCAGAACCCUUGAACUCUGUUGUAAAUUGA